AUGCCCGGGGAGGCUGCCCGCGCCGAGCUGCUGCUGCCGGAGGCGGGCAGGCCCGGGCCCCGCACAGAGUCAUCCUGUGAUGUGGCCGUGGCCACCACCCCAAGAGGGGACCGGCUGGAGCACUGUGCCCUGACCCCUGGACCCAGCGCCCUGGCCCUGGAGUUUCUGCCCAGCAAGCCAGGCGCCCGGCCCCCACCUGAGGGAGCCAGCUGGGAUGCAGGGCCGGGAGGCACCCCCUCAGCCUGGGCAGUCCCCACAGAAGGCAGCCCCAGCCUGGGUUCCCCCGAGGCCCAGCCUGCCGGCGGCCCUCCCCCAACCACCCUGGAGCCCCGGAUCGUGAUGGGCGAGGAGACCCGCCGGGUGCCCCUGCCGUCCAGGGCAGCCCUUCCAGAGCUCAGGGACUGGGAGGGUGGGCACCCCAGCCUGGACCCACCCCCCGAGUUGUGUUCUCAGGGUGACCCUUCUGUGCCUUGCCCUGCCCCAGACCCUGACUCCUACUUCACGCCGCCCUCCACUCCCACCGAGACCACCUCUGCCCUGCUCCUUGGGCCCGGGCCCCGCAGGGAGGCUGAGCCAGGGGACUCGCCGCCUGCCUCGCCAUCGGGCUCCUACAUCACAGCAGAUGGGGACAGCUGGGCCUCGUCCCCGUCCUGCUCCCUGAGCCUGCUGGCCCCGACCGAAGGGCUGGACGUCCCCUCAGGCUGGGGCUUCUCCCCGCCGGGCUCUGUGGCUGAUGAGCAGGAGCUGCCUCCCGCGGGGCCCCCGGGCCCCCCGUCCCCGGAAUCCAGCAUCUCGGCCGACAGCAGCUCUUCCUGGGGCCAAGAGGGCCACUUCUUCGAGCUGGACUUCCUGGCCAAUGACCCCAUGGUCCCCGCCGCCCUCCUGCCCUUCCGAGGCAGCCUCAUCGUGCAGGUGGAGGCUGUGGAGGUGGCGCCGAGAGUCCCCGAGGAGGAGGAGGAGGUCCCUGUCCCUGGAGGGGACCCAGCCGGGGAGGGCGAGGACGACAGCACGUUCGCCUCCUCCCUGCAGUCCCUGUCUGACCUCUCCAUCACCGAGGGCAUGGACGAGGCCUUCGCCUUCCGGGACGACACCUCGGCGGCCUCAUCCGACCCCGACUCGGCCUCCUAUGCAGGGGCAGACGACGAGAGGCUGUACAGUGAGGAGCCCCACGCGCAGCCCGCCGCCCUGCUCCAGGACACCCCCGGCGAGCCCGCUCCCACCGUCUCCGCCGCGGGGGCCGGCCGAGCCUCCGAGAGCGGGGAGCCGAGCGCGCGGGUUCCCGAGAUGGGCCAGGCCUCCGCUCCUCCCGCAGUGCCUCCCGCCCCGCAGGAAGCCCCGGGCCUCACUGGGGAGAACCCCUGGGCCUGGAGGGAGGACGUGGGCUCCAUCUCGGGUCUGGCGUCUGCUGCCGUGGGCACGGCUCAGCCCCGAUGGGAGGAUGACAGCGCAGCCUUAGGCCCAGAGUUUUGGACCUCCUCGGAAGAGGGAACCCUCACUCCAGGCCCAGACUCUCUGCAGAACCUGGAAGAAGCAGGCCAAGGCCCUGACUCUGAGGCCACACCUCUGUCCCUGCAGGACGCCGGCCUCCCCUCAGGCCAGGCGCCCGCCGCCACAGUCAGCCCUGUGCCCCAGCCAGGGGACACGGACAGGACCUCACACCAGGGCCCUGAUUGUGAGGCCACACCUGUGUCCCUGCAGGACGCAGCCCUCCCCUCAGGCCAAGGGACCCCUGCCAAGGCCAGGCCUGAGACCCUGCAGGUAGAUGUAGGCUGCGUGCCAGGGAUCGACCCUGUGGUCACUGCAGCCCAGCAGGAAGGACGAGUGACCUCGGAACUGGGGCCAGCACCCGAGGAGAGGGACACAAGCUGCACGGGAGGCCUGGAGCCUCCAGCCUGGGACCAGGCCCAGCUGGAUGGACUGGAGCCAGCUGCAGACGCCGGGGUGCCCUGGACCUCAUGGGACACCUCCAAGCCUGCCACGGAGGCCCUAGACUCCCCCAAGCCUGCCACAGAGGCCACAGACCCCCUUGAGGCCCUGCAACACCCCAGGCCUGCCACAGAUGCCGUGGAAUGCCCUGGCUCUGACACGGAGGCCACAGAUUGCCCCAAGCCAGUCAGGGAGACCACAGAAUGCACAGAGCCUGCCACGAAGGCCACGGAAUGUCCACCAUCUGUCACAGAGGAUACAGAAUGCCUGGAGUCUGGCACAGAGGCCCCGGAACAUUCCAAGCCUUCCAUGGAAGCCCCAGAAUGCCCAGAACAUGCUAUGGAGGUCCCAAAAUGCACCAAGCCUGCCAAUGAGGCCCUGGAAUUCCUUGAGCCCACCUCAGAGGCUCCAGAAUACCCUGAGUCUGCCACAGAGGCCCUAGAACAUUCUGAGCCUGCCCUGGAGACCCCGGAACGUUUUGAGCCUGCCAUGGAGGUCCUGGAAUGCCCAGAGCCUGCCAUGGAGGCCCCAGACCAUUCUGAACCUGUCACAGAAGCCCCGGAAUGCCCAGACCCUGCCACGGAGGCCCUGGAACAUUCUGAGCCUGCCACGGAGGCCCCAGAAGACCCAGAGCCUGCCACGGAGGCCCCGGAACAUUCUGAGCCUGCCACGGAGGCCCCGGAAUGCCCAGAGCCUGCCAUGGGGGCCCCGGAAUGCCCAGAGCCUGCCAUGGAGACCCUGGAACAUUCUGAGCCUGCCACGGAGGCCCCAGAAGACCCAGAGCCUGCCACGGAGACCCCAGAACAUUCUGAGCCUGCCACGGAGACCCCGGAAUGCCCAGAGGCUGCCACGGAGGCCCCAGAACAUUCUGAGCCUGCCACAGAGGCCCCAGAACAUUCUGAGCCUGCCACGGAGACCCCGGAAUGCCCAGAGCCUGCCAUGGAGACCCCAGAACAUUCUGAGCCUGCCAUGGAGGCCCCAGAACUUUCUGUGUCUGCCACAGAGGCCCCAGAAGCUGCCACGGAGGCCCAAGAACACUCACAGCCUGCCACAGAGGCCCUCAAAUGCCCCAAGCCUGCCACAGAAGCUCCAGAACUUUCUGAGCCUGCCACGGAGGCCCUAGAACAUUCAGAGCCUGCCACAGGCCCCCCUGGGUCUGCUAUGGAGGCCACAGACCCACCCAAGCCUGCCUCCAUUAGAGAAGAAGUAGCUGAAGGUCUGUUGGCACCUAAGCAGGAAACCUGUGCCAGUGCCUGUGUUUUUGCUGGUGAUGGGGCCAAGCCCCAUUUUCCCCCAAAGGAGGACCCAGGGAGUGAGAAUCGGGGGGCUGAAGGCCUCAGGUCAACACCCCACAGUGCUAGGAAGGCUCCUGGGGAUAGUGGCCCAGAGGUACAUCUUGCUGCUCACCCCAAGGUCGGUCACACAUGGCCCCAGACCCCAGCAGAGGAGGGAAGAGCCAACCCUGAGCCCAGGUCUUCUGUUGCGGUGGCCUCAGAAACUGGGCUGGCUUCCUGCUCUGAGUCUCCCCCAAGGUCUGUGGCCAGGCCUGGCAGGGGCUGCCCCAAAGAGCCCGCUCCCACCACUCCAGCACCCUCUUGGCAGCUGGAGCUCAUGCUGGGCCCAGGCAGUGGAGUGAGGGCUCAAGUAGCCCCUGGAAGUCCCAGCUUGUCCCCACCACAAGCCCCCGAAAGCCCUAACAGGGGUCUGCCCAGCAUGAUCCAAGACAGGCCCCUCAGCCCAGAGCCUGCUGUUCCUGGGGUCCCCACAGAGGCAGCCCCAUGCCCCAUGGCACCCCUUACCCCCUGCCCUUGCCAGGGACCCAGGGAAGACUCAACGGAGGGCAAGGAGCCCCCGGGCUCUCCCGGCCUCCAGCCACCACGUGCAGGAGCCCAGCAAGCAGUGGCUGCCUUCUCAGGAACCACAAAACCUCCUGGGGCUGGGCAUCGAGUCAGCCUCCCACCCCACUCCCCCCUCCUCAGCCCCAAAACAGCCCCCACGGGGGACACCCAUGCCAAAGACCAGGCUCGGCGGAUCUCGCCCCCCUGCCAAGUGCCUCCUGGCCCUCGAGGGCUCCCAGCCGCCGAGCAACAGGAUGACCAGGACAGCCUGGAGGAAGACUCGCCCCCGAGGGCUCCGGGAUCCGGCCAGCACUCAGACAGCCACGGGGAGUCGUCGGCGGAGCUGGAGGAGCAGGACCUCUCGGGAGCGCAGACGGCACAGUGCCCGACCCAGGCCCCAGCAGGCGGCAGCAGCGAGGAAACAGUGGCCAAAGCCAAGCAGAGUCGCAGUGAGAAGAAGGCCCGAAAGGCGAUGUCCAAGCUGGGCCUGCGGCAAGUCCAGGGGGUCACCAGGAUCACCAUCCAGAAGUCCAAGAACAUCCUGUUUGUCAUCGCCAAGCCUGAUGUCUUCAAGAGCCCGGCCUCGGACACCUACGUGGUCUUCGGCGAGGCCAAGAUCGAGGACCUGUCCCAGCAAGUGCACAGAGCUGCUGCUGAGAAGUUCAAAGUGCCCACAGAGCCGUCCGCCCUGGUCCCCGAGUCUGCGCCUGGGCCUCUGGUGAGGCCUGGGUGUGAGGAGGAGGAGGAGGAGGAGGAGGAGGAGGAGGUGGAUGAGGCAGGACUGGAGCUCCGUGACAUUGAGCUAGUGAUGGCGCAGGCCAACGUGUCGAGGGCCAGGGCCGUGCGGGCCCUAAGGGACAACCAGAGCGACAUCGUCAACGCCAUCAUGGAGCUCACCAUGUAG